UCAAUACAAAGACGCACUCAAUGGAGGCUCCUGUGCCGAACGUGGAAACUGCCAGAAGAUCCAAAAAGGAUAAAAAACUGCUAAAGAGAACAAUUAAAGCUUCUCACACGCUACUUAAGCAUGGAGGCAUCACUACCGCGUCACAGCCCACUCAGAGUGUAUGUGUAUUUAAUGGAGGUUUAGGGAAUGGUGUGAGCAGGGAGCUGCUGAUGGCAGUGCUGACUGAAGGUGGCGCUGUGGAGUCUCUCCUCAUGCCCCCUAAUAAACCCUACAGCUUUGCCACCUUCAGGUCUGUACAGGAGAGUCAGAGCGCGUACACACAGUGUAACGGCCGCGAGCUGCUGUGUGGCAGAAACCACGUCACUCUGUACUGCAGCUACGUCCUGCCGGUGGAUAGAGGAGUGUGUGAGUGUGUGUCUCUCCCCCCUGGUCUCAGUGUGUUGGAGGACUUUGUGUCUGCAGAAGAAGCGUGUCAGCUGCUGAAGGCUGUGGACUGGACGUCGCACACUGAUGAUGUCACAGCACAGCGAGAACUGAAGCAUCGCAGAGUGAAGCAUUAUGGGUACGAAUUUCGCUACGACAACAACAACGUGGACAAACACAAACCGCUUUCUGAAGGCCUGCCGUUGGUGUGUUAUGCUGUGCUGCAGAAGUGUUUGAGUGACGGUCAUAUCAGUGUGCUUCCUGAUCAGCUCACUGUCAACCAGUAUGAAAGUGGACAAGGAAUUCCUCCGCAUGUGGACACACACUCAGCGUUUGAGGACACAAUCAUGUCUCUCAGUUUGGGAGCAAAGACUGUAAUGGAUUUCCGUCACCCUGAUGGUCGCUUGGUGUCGGUGGUUUUACCAGCGCGGAGUCUCUUAGUGAUGAAGGGAGAAAGUCGUUACCUCUGGACUCAUGGUAUAACACCCAGGAAGUUUGAUCUGGUAUCUGCAUCAACAUCUGAGAGGUCAGGGGUUGUAAACUUUGACCCCAGUGAUCUGACUUUAAACCAGCGUGACACUAGGACUUCGUUUACCUUCCGCAAAAUCCGACACACACCCUGUGACUGUGUGUACACAUCAGUGUGUGACAGUCAGCGCCCCCCCUCCCCCCCUCAACUCCCAGUUGCGUGUAGUGAAGCGUGCCAGUUGGAGGAGCGCUACGUUCACCGUGUGUAUGAGGAAAUCUCCUCCCACUUCAGCAGCACUCGCCACGCCCCCUGGCCUAGGGUCCGCCACUUCCUGCUCUCGUUGCCGAGCGACGCCAUAAUGGCCGACAUUGGCUGUGGCAACGGCAAAUACCUGGGAAUCAACCACCAGGUUUUCUCGCUGGGAUGCGACCGCAGCGUGAACUUGGUGUCGAUCUGCAGGGAGCGAGGUUUCCACGCGGUGGUGUGUGACGCUCUGUCCGUUCCCCUGCGCAGCUCCGCCUUCGACGCCGUCAUCUCCAUCGCCGUGAUCCAUCACUUCUCCACACAGGAGAGGAGAUUGGCAGCUGUCACAGAGUUGGUUCGUCUGCUGAAGGUCGGAGGUCGUGCCCUGAUCUACGUGUGGGCAAUGGAGCAGGAAUACAAAAACCAAAAAUCCAAAUAUCUCAAAACUUGCAAGAACCAAGAGAACACAGAGACCCGGGGUAAUGAGGAGAAUGUGGAGAACCUAGAAAUCCAGGAGAAUGUGAAGAACCAGGAGAACGUGGAACUAAAAACUUCAUAUACAUCUAACACUCAACACAGAAAUGACCUGGAUAAGGCCAACGUUGAGUCGAGUGUGAGACAGGUGCAUGCUGGGAAAGCGGACUGUAACCCAGAGGACAACGAGGAGGAUUGUGGGAAGGAGACCCCAACUAGGCUGUGUGUUCACACCAACCGUACAGCAUUCGAGUCCCAGGAUCUUCUCGUUCCUUGGCAUCUGAAAGGUGAAGUAAAGGCGGGUUCUGGUCCCGUGUUCCACCGUUUUUAUCAUGUGUUCCAGCGUGGAGAGUUGGAGGAUCUGUGUGAGCGCAUCAGUGGAGUGGAAGUGCAGAAGAGCUACUACGACCAGGGCAACUGGUGUGUCAUCCUGCAGAAAACACAACCAAUAACUCCUCCCACAAAUCCCCCCCUCCCACCAAUAGCUCCUCCCACAAAUAUCUCCCCCCACAAAUAAUCACCUCUCACUGAUAACUCCUCCCACAAGUAACUCCUCCCACAAAUAAUCACCUCUCACUGAUAACUCCUCCCACAAGUAACUCCUCCCACAAAUAAUCACCUCUCACUUAUAACUCCCACCACAAACAAUCACGUCUCACUGAUAACUCCUCCCACAAAUAACUCCUCCCACAAAUAAUCACCUCUCACUUAUAACUCCUCCCACAAAUAACUCCUCCAACAAAUAAUCGCCUAUCAUUGAUAACCCCUCCCACAAACAAACCUUCCCACCAAUACAUCCUCCCAUAAAUAACUCCUCCCACAAACAUCACCUCCCACAAAUAACUCCUCCCACUAAUACACCCUCCCACAAGUGACUGUUAUUCCUAUAAUCCUUAAACGUGUAUAAGGAAUAAAACUGUCAAUAAAUUAGAAAUCAGAUUAAGAGUAAUAAACUCUCUCCUGCUCACAGUCUGUGCUGCUUUUACAUCAUACAGCCACUCGGUGGCGCUGUGCAGAGAUUCCGAUUUUCAAUAAAGCACAAUGAAUUCA